CAGGGGAAGCAGGUGACGUGUUGCCUCAUGUUCUGCGUGUCCACGGCUGUGAUUGGCUCACUGCAGUUUGGCUACAACACAGGAGUCAUCAAUGCACCUGAUAAAAAAGUGAAGGACUUCUUUCGAAAUGUGACUCUGGUGCGCACUGGAGAGCCCAUGCACGCUUCCACUGUUACGACUCUGUGGAGUGUUGCUGUUUCUAUUUUCAGUGUGGGGGGAAUGAUCGGGUCUCUCUGUGUUGGAGUUCUGGUAAACAAGCUUGGGAGACGGAAGUCCAUGCUGCUGUCCAACAUCCUGGCUCUGAUUGGUGGAGGGUUGAUGGGUUUAUCCAACGUCUGCAACUCCCAUGAGAUGAUGAUAUUUGGUCGUCUGGUGAUUGGUGUGUUCUGUGGCCUGUGUACGGGUCUGACACCCAUGUAUGUGGGCGAAAUUGCUCCAACAGCACUGCGAGGAGCUUUUGGUACCCUACACCAGCUUGGGGUGGUCAUCGGCAUCUUGGUUGCACAGAUCUUUGGUUUGGAGUCAUUGCUGGGGUCUCAGGAUUUGUGGCCAAUAUUGCUGUCUUUGACUGUCCUGCCUGCAGUGCUACAGAGUGUUAUGCUGAUUUUCUGUCCAGAGAGCCCUCGCUACCUGCUUAUGAAUUUGAACCAGGAGGAGGAGGCGCGCCAAGUGCUGACACGUCUUUGUGGGCAUUCAGAUGUGGAGGAUGACAUUCGUGAGAUGAAGGAAGAGGCCAUGAAAAUGGCCAUGGAGAAGAAGGUGUCUAUUCCAGAACUGUUCCGUAACCACACCUACCGACAACCCAUUAUUAUAGCCAUAAUCCUGCAGCUGUCCCAACAACUGUCCGGCAUCAAUGCUGUAUUUUAUUAUUCAACAGAGAUUUUCCGAAGUGCAGGCAUCACUGGGCCUGUCUAUGCCACGAUUGGGGCAGGUGCAGUCAACACUGUCUUCACUGUAGUUUCUCUCUUCCUGGUGGAGCGGGCAGGGAGAAGAACUCUUCAUAUGAUUGGACUGGCUGGAAUGGCUUCCUGCGCUCUGCUCAUGACCAUUUCUCUUAAACUGGUGAAACCUGAAAGAACAGUAAUGGAAGAUGGUUCUGGACUGCUUCAGAACAGCACUGAUGUCUUAACAUCUGAAGGGCAGGGAACUUCAGCUAUCAGCAUUUUAGCCAUUGCAGCAGUGUUUGGAUUUGUGGCUAGUUUUGAGAUGGGACCUGGACCAAUCCCAUGGUUCAUAGUGGCAGAGUUAUUUGCUCAGGGUCCCCGUCCUGCAGCCAUUGCUGUGGCGGGAUGCUCCAACUGGACCGCCAACUUUCUUGUUGGACUGCUUUUUCCACUACUACUGGAACUGUGUGGUCCGUACGUGUUUAUCAUAUUCUUUAUCCUCCUCAUCUUCUUCUUCAUAUUUACAUACUUCCGGGUUCCUGAGACCAAGGGCCGCACCUUUGAAGACAUUGCCAGUGGAUUUGCCAGUGCUACAGGCUCUAAUGCUGCAAGCUACUCUUCUCCGGAUGGUACAGUCCAUCUGCCAGUAUCCCCAUCAUCAGAGAAGUUUCAGAUGACUGAGUUACCUGGACAGAUAGAGAAAACCCCUUAACCUAUACACAAUAUAAACCUGAUCUACUGUACAGCAGAGUGUAGAGAACAGAGGCAGCUAACUAUUUGUUAAAAAAAUUAUAAUAAUCCUGCAGCAGGGACAUUGUGUAAAGUAUGUAAUAAUCAUAUCAGGCAGAUCAUGUAGAUUCCCUUUGCAUACAAUUACCUCAUGGAGUAUACAAAAAAUAUAUGUGGAUGUGCAAAUUUUAUCUCGUUACCGAUUUGUCUGUAUGUUGUUUGUAUUUGUCACACAUGAGUGUUUUAUUGGUAAAUUACAUUUUACAUGACUAAUUAUAACAGCCGUAAAUAGUCGUUUUACUGUAAUAAUAGCAUUUCUGUUGUCAAUUAGUAAAUAUCGUCAAAAAUUUGCAGACAUUUUGCCUACCUGAGAAACAAACCUCAACAUGCAGGCCUAUCCAUCUCACCGAGAAGAAGGAAAGCAGCAAUAUCCAUUCUUAAAUGUGCAACAAUAUUUCCUGAUACAUAAAAUUAUUUAUUUUUUUUAUUUCAUGUGCAAGCAGCAUUUGGUUCUUCUAGGUAAAAAUAUGUUGUGGGUAUUUUCUUGUUUAGGUUGAGGUUGAGGGGUGUGUUUGAACAUUGUCAAGUAAAGAUGAGUGUGCACAAUCUGAAAAGUUUGGGAACCUGAUGUAGAUGUUAUAAACAUCAAACUGGGAUACAGAUAUUCAUUAUAGUAUUACAUAAUAUUGUACUGUACAAUAUAUUAUCCUGCAGCAUAAACCUUAAAUGACAGUAACAUAAAGUCUCUUUUAUCACACAUGUAACAAGUAUUCAUGGCUGUCAAUUCAGGCAUGGCUUUGAGCCAAGUAACUACAUGUAUUCACAGCCUUUGCUCAAUAAUUUGUUGAAGCACCUUUGGCACCAAUUACAGCCUCAAGUCUUUUUGUGUAUGAUGCUAAAAGCUUGGCACAACUAUUUUUGGGCAGUUUCUCCCAUUAUUCUUUUCAGGACCUCUCAAGCUCCAUCAGGUAGGAUGGGGAGCGUCGGUGCACAGCCAUUUUCAGAUCUCUCCAGAGAUGUUCAAUCAGGUUCAAGUCUGGGCUCUGGCUGGGCCACUCAAGGACAUAUUAACAGAGUUGUCCCAUAGCCACUCCUUUGUCAUCUUGGCUGUGUGCUUAGGGUCAUUUUCCUGUUGGAAGAUGAACCUUUGCCCCAGUCUGAGGUCCAGAGCGCUCUGGAGCAGGUUUUCAUCAAGGAUGUCAUUUUACAUUGCUGCAUUCAUCUUUCCCUCUAUCCUGACUAGUCUCCCAGUUCCUGCCGCUGAAAAAACAUCCCCACAGCAUGAUGCUGCCACCACCAUGCUUCACUUUAGGUAUGGUAUUGGCCAGGUGAUGAGCGGUGCUUGGUUUUCUCCAUACAUGACGCUGGCCAUUCAGGCCAAUCUUUGUUUCAUCAGACCAGAGAAUUGUGUUCCUAAUGCUCAGAGUACUUCAGGUGCCUUUUGGCAAACUCCAGGCGGGCCGUCAUUUGCCUUUUACUGAGGAGUGGCUUCUGUCUGGCCACUCUAUCAUACAGGCCUGAUUGGUGGAGUGCUGCAGAGAUGGUUGUUCUUCUGGAAGGUUCUCCUCUCUCCACAGAGAAACACUGGAGCUCUGUCAGAGUGACCAUCGGGUUCUUGGUCACCUCGCUGACUCGUUUGAUCGGGUGGCCAGCUCUAAGAAGAGUCCUGGUGGUUCCAAACUUCUUACAUUUACAGAUGAUGGAGGCCACUGUGCUCAUUGGGACCUUCAAUGCUGCAGAAAUGUGUCUGUACCCUUCCCCAGAUCUGUGCUUCGAUACAAUCCUGUCUCUGAGGUCCACAGACAAUUCCUUGGACUUCAUGGCUUGGUUUGUGCUCUGACAUGCACUGUUAACUGUGGGACCUUAUAUAGACAGGUGUGUGCCUUUCCAAAACAUGUCCAAUCAACUGAAUUUACUAAAGGUGGACUCCAAGUUGUAGAAAAAUCUCAAGGAUGAUCAGUGGAAACAGGAUGCACCUGAGCUCAAUUUUGAGUGUCAUGGCAAAGUCUGUGAAUAAUUAUGUACAUGCAAUUUGUUUGUUUUUUAUUUGUAAUAAAUUUUGCAAAGAUUUCAAACAAACUUCUUUCACAUUGUCAAAUAUUGUUUGUAGAAUUUUGAGGAAAAUAUUUAAUUGAAUCCAUUUUGUAAUAAGGCUGUAACAUAACAAAAUGUGGAAAAAGUGAAGCGCUGUGAAUACUUUCUGGAUGCACUGUAUAGAUAUAGAUAUAUUUAUUACACAUUAAUGUUGGUUACAGAGGCCUUCUAACAAUUUGCUGAAUGUUUUAUUAAAUAUAGAAGUGUGCGUUGUCAAAUUAGUUUAGUUGUUAAAUAACUGAUGUAUAGAGAGCACUUGAUCUUAGUUAUGAGGAACUCAUCAAAAAACAGUUUAUAUCAGUUAACACUGGUUCCAAAUGUCCUUCUGAAGUUAUGAAGUAUCUAUUUAUUCGUUUCUUAAGUAUUUCUCAUGACAGUUACUCAAUAUCACUGAAUGGACUCUACUGAUACAGGAUCACAUGAAUUUCAAUCAUGAAAGCCCAGCGAUCACAAGCAGACAUUUAUUGUGUAACGUGAAAUACGUGUGCAUCCUAAAUUAUGGGCUAUUUGGUUCUAAAUAAUUCACAUAUUAUGUUUUUGGUGUGUUUAAGAACAUCACUGUUUACGAAUAGCUAUGUACAUAUUGUAAAUAUAUUGUUUUGUUUAUGUUUUUUAAAACUGCAUUUUGUUAAAGUCUGGCUGAUUGAGCUGCUUUUUACCAAGUGUGCACCAAAGAUGGUUUCCUGAUUUUAUGUUAGAAAUAUGCAUUAUAUUUAUAUAUUCUCUUAUAUGUAUAGCUUUUAUAAUGCCCAUUUAUGAAGCCUUUUUAGCUUCUGCUUUAUAAAAAAAAGUCCUAAAUAUAUCAGUAUACUGUAAUAAUGCCAUGAGCUCAUAUUCAUUUUGUGUAAUGGAGUGAGUUCAAAUGAAACUGUAAAAUAAAAACACAUACU